CCGGACCCGAUGCCGGGAGCUGGGCGCUGAGGGCGGCCCCGACAUGGGGGUUCUCAGCAUCACGGACCAGCCCCCUCUGGUCCAAGCCAUCUUCAACCGGGAUGUGGAGGAGGUUCGGUCGCUGCUCAAUCAGAAGGAGAACAUCAAUGUACUGGACCAAGAACGCCGGACCCCGCUCCAUGCUGCUGCCUACAUCGGAGAUGUUGCAAUCCUCGAGCUGCUCAUCCUGUCAGGUGCUAAUGUGAACGCCAAGGACACGGUGUGGCUCACGCCGCUGCACCGCGCCGCAGCCUCUCGCCACGAGAAAGCCCUAAACCUGCUCCUCAAGCACUCGGCUGAUGUCAAUGCCCGUGACAAGCACUGGCAGACGCCGCUGCACGUGGCUGCUGCCAACCGGGCCACCAAGUGCGUGGAGGCGCUGGUGCCCCUGCUGAGCACCGUGAACGUGGCCGACCGCACCGGGCGCACGGCGCUGCACCACGCCGUGCACAGCGGCCACCUCGAGAUGGUGAAUCUGCUGCUCAACAAAGGUGCCAGUCCCAGCACAUGUGACAAGAAGGACCGGCAGCCCCUGCACUGGGCCGCCUUCCUGGGUCACCUGGAGGUGCUGAAGCUGCUGCUGGCGCGCGGGGCUGACGUGCUGUGCAAGGACAGGCGCGGGUACACGCUGCUACACACGGCGGCCGCCAGCGGCCAGAUCGAGGUGGUGAGACACCUGCUGAGGCUGGGGGUGGAGAGCAAGGAAGGGAAGAGCCCCCUGCACAUGGCAGCGAUCCACGGCCGCUUCACCCGCUCCCAGAUCCUCAUCCAGAACGGCAGCGAGAUCGACUGCGCCGAUCGCUUUGGGAACACCCCCCUGCACGUGGCCGCCCGCUACGGACACGAACUGCUCAUCAGCACCUUGAUGACCAACGGCGCCGACACGGCCAGGCGGGGUAUCCAUGACAUGUUUCCUCUCCACCUGGCCGUGCUCUUCGGUUUCUCCGACUGCUGCCGCAAACUGCUGUCCUCAGGGCAGCUGUACAGCAUCGUGUCCUCGCUGAGCAAUGAGCACGUUCUGUCAGCCGGCUUCGACAUCAACACCCCCGACAGCCUGGGCAGGACCUGCCUGCACGCAGCCGCCUCGGGAGGGUGGGACACACCUGGGGACACCUGGGGACAGACCCCCCUGCACUAUGCGGCAGCCAAUGGCAGUUAUCAGUGCACGGUGACGCUGCUGACGGCCGGGGCUGCCGUCAACGAGCCCGACGGCAAAGGGUGCACGGCCCUGCACUACGCGGCUGCCUCCGACACCUACCGCAGGGCGGAGCCUCAUCCCGGGAGCAGCGAGGAGGAGCCCCUGAAGGAGUCCAGGCUGAAAGAGGCGUUCUUGCAGCUGUGGGAAUGUCUCAUCCUGAAUUUGGGAUUUUUGGAGAGUUUUGCCCCUGCACCUACAGGCAGUUAUGGGAAUAUUUCUGUGUUUCCCUUGCAGCUGCUGGAAAUGUCGUUUAACUGCCUGGAGGACGUGGAAAGCACCGUCCCAGUCAGCCCUUUGCACUUAGCUGUGAGUUCCUGCAGGUCCUGGAAGGGUGCAGGGUGUCCUGGGCUCCUGCUGGGUCCUGGAAGGGUUUAUGGGAUGUCCUGGGUCCUGGAAGGGUGUCCUGGGAGGGUCCUGGAAGGGUUCUGGGGAUUUUCUGGGUUCCUGCUGGGUCCUGGAAGGGUCCCCAAAGUGUCUUGGGAAGGUCCUGGAAGGGUUCUUAGGUGUUCUGGGUCCUGGAAGGGUUCUGGGAUGUCCUGGGAGGGUCCUGGAAGGGUUUCCAGAAUGUUCUCAGCUCCUGCUGGGUCCUGGAAGGGUUUAUGGGAUGUUGUGGGAUUGUCCUGGGAGGCCCCAUUUUUUCGGGAAUUUCCCCAUCCCAGCCCCAUUUUUUCGGGAAUUUCCCCAUCCCAGCCCCAUUUUUUCGGGAAUUCCCCCUCCCAGCCCCGUGUUUUGGGAUUGCUGUCCCGCAGGACCCCGCUGAUGCUGGCCAUCAUGAACGGCCACGUGGAUUGUGUCCAUCUGCUGCUGGACAAGGGAUCCGCGGCCGACGCGGCCGACGCGCGGGGCCGCACGGCCCUGCACCGCGGGGCCGUGACGGGCUGUGAGGAUUGCCUGGCCGCUCUGCUGGACCACGAUGCCUUCGUCCUGUGCCGCGACUUCCAGGGCCGGACCCCGAUCCACUUCGCCUCCGCCUGCGGCCACCUGGGGGCGCUGCGGGCGCUGCUGCAGGCGGCGCUGGCCACGGACCCGCUCGACUCCGGCGUGGACUACAGUGGCUACUGCCCCAUGCACUGGGCAUCCUACAGCGGUGAGAAAUUAAUAGAAAUUAAUUUAUAAUGGUUUAUACACAGUGGCUACUGCCCCAUGCACUGCCCCAGAAUUAACAACCAGGACGGCACUGCCGAGAUGCUGGUGGAAGCCUUGGGUGCCAAGAUUGUUAAUAGCAGAGAUGCCAAAGGAAGGACCCCCCUUCACGCCGCUGCCUUCGCUGACAAUGUCCGUGGUUUGCAGCUGCUCCUGCGCCACCGGGCCCAGGUGGACUCGGCCGACAAACAGGGCAGGACCCCCCUGAUGGUGGCAUCGGAGCACGGGCACACGGCGGCCGUGGAGUUCCUGCUGUUCCAGGCCAAGGCCAAUCUCACCGUGCUGGACAUCAACAGGAACACGGCUCUGCACCUGGCCUGCAGCAAGGUGGGCACGGCUGCCAGGGCCCUGGGCCACCUGGGCCACCUCUGUGUCACCUCUGUGUCAUCU